AUGCCUCGUGCCGUAUCAGAUCGCAUUACCAGUGCGCGCACACAGGCUGCAUCUGCGUCACCACGGUCGGCAGCGCAAGCGCACUCGCAGCAAAAUACGAGUGCAACGACGAAGAAUCCGAUUUUCAAUACAGAAAAGUUUGGCCAGCACAUUUUGAAGAACCCGCUGGUGGCCCAAGGCAUUGUCGACAAAGCCAACUUGAAACCCACAGAUACCGUGUUGGAGGUCGGUCCUGGUACAGGUAAUUUGACAGUACGCAUCUUGGAGAAGGCCAAGCAUGUGACAGUGGUGGAAAUGGACCCACGUAUGGCAGCAGAGCUGACCAAGCGUGUGCAGGGAAAGCCGGAGCAGCGCAAGUUGGAUAUUGUGUUGGGUGAUGUGAUCAAGACAGACCUUCCGUACUUUGAUGUGGUGAUUAGCAACACGCCGUACCAAAUUUCAUCGCCUUUGGUCUUCAAGCUGCUCUCUCACCGCCCUCUUUUCCGAUGUGCCAUUCUCAUGUUCCAGCGUGAGUUUGCGAUGCGCUUGGUGGCACGUCCAGGAUCGCCCUUGUGGGGUCGUCUGUCGGCCAAUGUGCAGCUCUAUGCGAAGGUGGAUCACAUCAUGAAAGUCGCGCGAGGAUCGUUCCGUCCGCCGCCGCAAGUCGACAGUUCCGUGGUACGCAUUGUGCCGCUGAACCCCCCGCCGCCGAUCAAGUUUGAAGAGUUUGAUGGCCUUACACGUAUUGUCUUUUCCCGCCGCAACAAGGUGCUACGUGCGUGUUUCUUCAAUGCACGUGGUGUAUUGGAGAUGAUGGAAGCGAACUGGAAGACGUACUGCGCAGAACGUGGUAUCUCCGUGGAAGGCGUCUCGUUCCCCGCCAAAGUGGAAGGUGUGCUACAAAAACUCGGCAUGACCGAGGCGCGUGCGGCCAAGCUGGACGUCGAUGAACUUUUGACGCUGCUUUCGGCGUUCCAUGACGAGGGUAUUCAUUUCUAA